AUGAGCGCUUCUAGAUUCAUAAAGUGCGUCACAGUCGGUGAUGGCGCUGUCGGGAAGACCUGUCUCUUGAUUUCCUACACCAGUAACACCUUCCCCACGGAUUACGUCCCAACUGUAUUUGAUAAUUUCAGUGCCAAUGUCGUUGUCAAUGGCGCCACUGUGAAUCUUGGCUUGUGGGAUACUGCUGGACAGGAGGAUUACAACAGAUUAAGACCAUUGAGUUAUCGUGGAGCUGAUGUUUUCAUUUUGGCAUUUUCCCUCAUCAGCAAAGCCAGCUAUGAAAAUGUUUCCAAAAAGUGGAUUCCAGAGUUGAAGCAUUAUGCCCCUGGUGUCCCGAUUGUUCUUGUUGGGACAAAACUCGAUCUUCGGGAUGAUAAGCAGUUCUUUGUAGACCACCCUGGUGCAACUCCCAUAACUAAUGCUCAGGGAGAAGAGCUAAAGAAGACAAUUGGAGCACCUGAAUAUAUUGAAUGUAGUUCAAAAACACAGGAGAAUGUGAAGGGAGUUUUUGAUGCUGCGAUAAAAGUCGUUCUUGCCCCUCCAAAGUCAAAGAAAAAGAAGAAAGCGGGUCAAAAGGCUUGCUCUAUAUUAUGAUUGGAUGUGAGGUCAAUGGAGAGAAGACCUAGCUAUGUUUUUUUUACCUUUUUGUCCCUCUUUUCUCGCUCUUUCAAAGGAAGUCAUUGAGGCUAACAAAGUCAAAAGAAAAUUGUCAUGGAUGGAUUCAUUUCUGAAUUCUCAUAUAUUCAUUAAUUUGUAUUUGAUCUUUCGAUUCUUGGAGAUGCUCUUUAUGUACUAAUCUUGUAGUUGGCCUAAAUGAUAUGCUUGUUAUCAUCUUCUUUAUGCAUUUACUUGUUGAUUUG